AUGGCCGGCGGUUCUUCGGCCGUGGCGAUCAUGGCGCUGGGCGUGGUCCUCCUGGCGGCGCCGUCGGAGUGCGCGCGCGCCUUCUUCGUGUUCGGCGACUCCCUGGUGGACAACGGCAACAACAACUACCUGAUGACGACGGCGCGCGCCGACUCGCCGCCGUACGGGAUCGACUACCCCACGCACCAGGCCACCGGGCGCUUCUCCAACGGCCUCAACAUCCCGGACAUCAUCAGUGAGCAGCUCGGCGCGGAGCCGACGCUGCCGUACCUGUCCCCGGAGCUCCACGGCGCGAAGCUGCUCGUGGGCGCCAACUUCGCGUCGGCGGGCGUCGGCAUCCUCAACGACACCGGCAUCCAAUUCGUACGCGCGGUGAACAUCGUGAGGGUGAGCAGGCAGCUGCAGUACUUCGGCGAGUACCAGGGGAAGCUGCGCGCGCUGGUGGGCGCGUCCCAGGCGACGCAGAUCGUGAACCGGGCGCUGGUGCUCAUCACCCUCGGCGGCAACGACUUCGUCAACAACUACUACCUCAUCCCCUUCUCCCUCCGCUCCCGCCAGUUCUCCCUCCCCGACUACGUCCGCUACCUCAUCUCCGAGUACAAGAAGAUCCUCACGAGGCUGUACGACAUGGGCGCGCGGCGCGUGCUGGUGACGGGGACGGGCCCGCUGGGCUGCGCGCCGGCGGAGCUCGCGCUCCGGAGCCGCGACGGGGAGUGCGACAGGGACCUGAUGCGCGCGGCGGAGCUGUUCAACCCGCAGCUGUCCCAGGCCCUGGAGGAGCUCAACGCGCGCUACGGCGACGGGACCUUCAUCGCCGCCAACUCCUUCCGCGUCCACUUCGACUUCAUCAGCGACCCGGCGGCGUACGGCUUCCGGACGGCCAAGGAGGCGUGCUGCGGGCAGGGGCCGCACAACGGCAUCGGCCUCUGCACGGCGGUGUCCCACCUGUGCGCGAACAGGGACCAGUACGUGUUCUGGGACUCGUACCACCCCACGGAGCGCGCCAACCGGAUCAUCGUCAGCCAGUUCAUGACCGGCUCGCUCGACUACGUCAGCCCGCUCAACCUCAGCACCGCCCUCCACAUCGACGCCAGCCUCAUGGACUGA